CACGUGUUGCUAUUCCUUAUAUCCGUUCACAAUUUGAUUUCCCCAUACCCGAUUCUUCCCAAAAUAUUAGGGUUUAGGGUUCGUUUAACCUACGAUUUUUUUCAAAUUCAUUUGAAGCAUCAACUUCAAGUUGAUAACGAAGGGACUAAGAGGGAUUUCAGUACUGCGAUCUUGGAAAGAAAUAAGGCACCGAAUCGGCUCGUUGUCGAUGAGGCAGUCAACGAUGAUAACUCCGUUGUUGCUAUUCAUCCCGAUACCAUGGAAAAGCUCCAGUUGUUUCACGGUGACACUAUCCUCGUCAAGGGAAAGAAGAGGAAAGAUACUAUCUGUAAUGCUCUCGCCGACGAAACAUGUGAUGAACCGAAGAUCAGGAUGAAUAAAGUUGUCAGGUCAAACUUGAGGGUUAGGCUCGGUGAUGUUGUCUCGGUGCAUCAGUGUCCUGAUGUUAAGUAUGGGAAACGAGUGCACAUCUUACCCGUGGAUGAUACUAUUGAAGGGGUCACUUGAAAUCUCUUCGAUGCUUACCUUAAACGUGAGUUUAGUCUUUAUGCUUUAUUCCCGACUUAUAUAUGGAUUUGUCUUUUGUGAUUUAUUAAUAGUAGUUUUGUUGAUCUCAGCAGUUAAAGGGGUAAAAUAGUUUCUUUGUUUUUUUAAUUGAUCAAAGUCCAUUGGUUUAUUGAAUAACAUAAAUUAGCCUACCAAGUGUGUUUUUCUCACAUCAUCGAGUACACUUGUAUGCUGUGAAGGCAAUUAUUCACGGCCUCAAGCAUUUAAGGAGUUUGUAUUUCUUUCUCUUUAAGGAGUUUAUAAACUGCCUUUGUUGAAUGUUACUUUCUUUUCACUUGCUUUGUAUCGAUUGAUCUAUACAUCCAUGGUGGACUCAUAUCAUUACACAUGCAUCUUUGGUGACUCAAUAAUUAAUCAUAUAAUCACACAUGCAUCCUUGGUGACUCAAUAAUUAAUCUUAUUGAGGAUUUGGUUUGAUGUUAAAUUACAUAUAAUGUUUGACUGUAAAUACUGAUUACAUUAGUCUUGCAUUUACAACAUACUUUCUGGAAGCCUACCGCCCAGUGAGGAAGGGUGAUUUCUUCCUUGCCACAGGUGGAAU